AUGGGGUCGUCGGAGUUGAUAUACAGGGGCCACGAGGCUCAAACAAUAGCUGACGCUUACUCGCCGAAGCGCCCGAAGCCGUGGCUGUCCGUGAUUCGUCCGAUUCGAUACGUGCUCCGGGAACAGCGGCUCGUGUUCGUUGUCGUCGGAAUGGCCAUCGCCACGCUUUUCUUCACUCUCCUUCCCGCCACCUCCCGCGGAGUUUCCGGCGAGAACUAUGAUCAGAUCUCAGACUCGCACUUGAUCUCCGAGUCGACUCGUGUGACUCGGGGCGUGUUCUACCAGGGCCACGGCGGGAUCGGGUCGGUUCAUUCGGGAGGAAAGGUGCCACUGGGACUGAAACGGAAGGGGCUGAGGAUCGUGGUCACCGGCGGCGCGGGGUUCGUCGGGAGCCACCUGGUGGACCGUCUGAUCGCGAGAGGCGACAGCGUGAUUGUCGUGGACAAUUUCUUCACUGGCCGGAAGGAGAACGUGAUGCACCAUUUCGGAAACCCUAGGUUCGAGCUCAUCCGACACGACGUCGUGGAGCCUCUCCUCCUGGAGGUCGAUCAGAUCUACCACCUCGCUUGCCCCGCCUCUCCCGUCCAUUACAAGUUCAACCCCGUCAAGACCAUCAAAACAAAUGUAGUGGGAACUCUCAACAUGCUGGGGCUGGCCAAGAGAGUCGGUGCGCGGUUCUUGCUAACGAGCACCAGCGAGGUGUACGGCGAUCCACUGCAACACCCUCAGGUCGAGACUUACUGGGGCAACGUCAAUCCAAUCGGUGUCCGGAGCUGCUACGAUGAGGGAAAACGUACAGCAGAGACUCUGACCAUGGACUACCACCGCGGCGCUGGAGUCGAGGUGAGAAUUGCUAGGAUUUUCAACACGUACGGGCCUCGGAUGUGCAUCGACGAUGGCCGCGUUGUCAGCAACUUCGUUGCUCAGGCAUUGAGAAAGGAGCCACUGACUGUAUAUGGGGACGGGAAGCAGACGAGGAGCUUCCAGUACGUGUCGGAUUUGGUGGAGGGACUGAUGCGUUUGAUGGAAGGAGAACAUGUAGGGCCCUUCAAUCUGGGGAACCCCGGUGAAUUUACCAUGCUUGAACUUGCUCAGGUGGUCCAAGAAACAAUCGACCCGAAUGCAAAGAUAGAAUUCAAGCCCAACACAGAAGAUGAUCCGCACAAGAGGAAGCCCGAUAUCUCGAAGGCUAAAGAGCUCCUAGGCUGGGAGCCCAAAAUAUCCCUUCGCAAGGGUCUACCCUUAAUGGUCUCAGACUUUAGGCAACGGAUCUUUGGUGACCACAAAGAAGGUACAGGAGGUGUUUCGGCCUAAGGAGAUAGGGGGACCAUAUUGAAUGCGUCAAAGUAGAGGAGAAAGAAGGCAUGUUGAAGCCGAAUAUUCAUAUCCAACUGAAAUCAACUCUAGCUCUGCCAGACGGCAAAAGGGGGGGGCAGCUGCAGUAGUAGGAUAUUAGCCCCCCAUUUAGUUUUCUUUCUUGAGUAGUUUUGAGCUCUCUCUCUCUCUCUGGCUCUUUUCCUUCGCACUCUAUUUUUCAGUCAUUUUUAGAAUUUCCGGAGAUACAAAUCCUUGCUUUCCUCGA